AUGGUUUUGGACAUCGACAAGUGCAUAGCGCAGCUCUACAACGGUGAGCUACUGGCCGAAAGUCAAGUUCAGUCAUUAUGCUUGCAAGUACGGCCCAUCCUCGCCAACGAGUCCAACGUUGUCCCACUGUCCGCUCCUGUCACAGUGGUCGGCGACGUGCACGGGCAAUAUCACGACGUCCUGGAGAUAUUCGCCAUUGGUGGGCAGUGCCCAGAUACCAACUACUUGUUUCUCGGCGACUACGUCGACCGCGGCAACCACAGCGUGGAGACAAUCAGCCUUCUGUGCUGCCUGAAGCUGCGGUACCCGCAGAGAAUCCACCUUUUGCGCGGCAACCAUGAAUCGCGCAACAUUACGAAAACCUACGGGUUUUACACCGAGUGCACGACCAAGUACGGCGGAUCGGCGGUAGUAUGGCGAGAGUUCACGGAUCUGUUCGACUACCUUGCACUGGCUGUGGUGAUCGAGGACAGCGUGUUCUGUGUGCACGGCGGGCUGUCCCCGUCUGUCUCGCAUAUCGACCAGCUGCGCGUGCUGGACCGGUUCGGCGAGAUCCCGCACGAGGGCCCGCUGGCGGACAUCCUGUGGUCUGACCCGGACCCGGAUAUCCAGGGCUUUGGCAGGUCGCAGCGCGGCGCCGGGUACACUUUUGGCGCCCAGGUCGUCGACCGCUUCCUGCACAACAACGGAAUGUCGCAUAUUCUGCGCGCUCACCAGCUAUGCAUGGACGGCUUCCUGGUGCAGUUCAACGAUCGGCUAUCCACUGUGUGGUCGGCGCCCAAUUACUGCUACCGCUGCGGCAACAUUGCCAGCGUUCUGCAGGUCGACCCGUACCUGAAGCGCGAUUUUAUCACGUUCACCGCCGCGCCCACGUCUCCGCACAAGCCGGCGCCGCUGCAAAGCACUGAUCCUUCAUCAUAUUUUAUUUAA